UGGCUAGAUUUUAAAAAUAUUUGUUCAGAAGUAAUUUCAGCGAAGAAAAGAAUUUGUCAAGUGACAUCAAUCUAAAGGGAUGUUAGGCUGAUAUACUUAACCCUUUGCACUCGAGGCCUUUUUUCUAGUAUCGAGAGUACCUGAUACUAAGCUAUCGAGAUUUCUAGUACCUAAUUCUAAGCUAUGGAGAUUUGAGAAUUAGGUCAUCUUUACCUCACCGACAAUCAUAUUAUUGACACUUCGAGUUCCAAAGAAAUUAAACCUAAAGAAACAUUGCUGAUGCUGCGUGAAAACUAAUGGUGACUGAGAGUCAUCUCUCGAGUGCAAAGGGUUAAUAUACAAAACAUAACACUCUAUUUAAAAUAAUAUUGCUUUGCUAUUUUUUCACGAGUAAUUUAAAUGGAAGAAAGAGUUACAACUGCGCAACAUCAGCCUAGAAGGAUGUUAGCCUGAUGUUUCUAAUAUAAAAUAAAAAUUAAUAGUACAUUUAAAAAAAAAAAACAUACACCUGUAGUCUUUAUAACAAAUUGUCUGUUGAAGCUUCGUGGUUUAAUAUUAAAUUCUACCGUGCAUCGCAACACGAAUUUUUCAUAUUAUUAUCACUGUUAUUGUAUCAUAAUCCUAAAGCGUAUAAUAUUUUGUAGCAUUUUACGAUAUUUCAGUUCGAAAAGGAAUGUUUCAAAGACAAAUUAAAAUGGGUACUCAAUGUUGCGAGAGUGAGGUUUCUGGACUACUCGCUCUGGGAACCUCACUCUCUCUAGUGACCAAGUUUUAUAAAUUUCUCCUAAUAAUCAAUCGUCUCAAUCGAAUCCGACCGAUUUCAACGAGCGAUCGCUUCGUCAUUCGAGACGAUAAAAAUUCCAGACGCGAUUUCAGAGCUCGUAAUUGCAACGAGCGCGCUUAUCUCGACGUUCGGCCUGCGAAUACGUCGUUCGAUCGCGUUUUUCUAUCGUACCGUGCGGUGGUCUGGCCGGGGUUCCAUUGAAUCAAGGAGAUGGAGAACGAGGGCUCGUUCACAUCUUUGCUGGAUGAUUCCUUCUCGGAUAACGACGAGGUCCUCGAAGAUUGCACCGAAAAUUACUCGUCGACAUUAAAAAAUGCCUUGGAGAAUUUGCGCGACAAGUUCGAAGAGGAAUAUUUGCAGCAGGCUCUGCAAGAAUGCUUGCCCACUUGUCCAGUGAACUUGCUGGAGCAAACAAUUUUCAAGGAAAUUCUUCCUGUUGCACACCACUUCUUGCUCGAGGCCUUGAAACAAAUUGGCGAAAUGGUAAACGCGAGCCUCGAACGUGACGCUUUGGAAAAUGUGAAACGUCAAUUGUUUGUUUGCCAUGAAUUGCUGAAUGUGUGGGAGAAAUCUAUGCAACGAGUGUCGAAACUUCACAAAACAUCCGCCGUCAAUCUUAAAUCACUGUCGGAGAGCGUACCUGUUACGAUUAGAUCGGUAUUCGAACACUGCAGAGCGAGCACGAAAUUGUACGGCGCCUUGUUCGAGGGCGUAUCGGAAAAAUUAACGAAACUCUUUCGCAAGGCGAAAACGAUCUUGAGCCUAUUCCUGGCCACUUUGGAGAGUGUAAUCGUUUUCGACACGGAUACGGAAUCGGAAACGGAGCUGUUAGUGAAAGUGAUCGAUGGGAUCGGUUCGUUGGUCACCAUAGCUCAUGAACUGGAUCUCAAGACGUUCGUGGAGACGUCGAAAAUGUUUGGUAAAUUGGCGAUUAUGCACGAGCUUAGUAUUAAACGAGUGAAAUCGACCAGCGUCACUUUGCAUCUCGAACAAACAACCAAGGAUGUAUCUUCGAUGAUUUCGUUGCUUCAGGCAUCCCACGACAAAGUCGACGAGAGAAAGAUAAGAGUUAUCGGUCACUCGCUAAAAAUUUUGGACAGAUUGUACACAGCAUACUGUUCCUGCAUAAAUAUCAAAACUCUUCCCUUCGUGAUCGACCUUCUCCUGCGAGUGCACAGAUGUUCACCUUCGUGCUUACGAAAAUUGCAAAUGAGCGAUAAGGCGGUCGAAUUAAUAAACGUUCAUAUCUCGAGGGGAUCGGAUCCACUCCUGAACACUGUCUUCAAGAUCUCAGACUUCAAGCAGGCGUUCUUCGAAUAUGGAAACGAGCCAAGUGUGGAUAAAUUGAGCUACCAUUUGUUGACAGUCAAUAUUAUGAGAAAAUUGAUAAGCAUGCCAUUCGAACACCACUGCAAAUGGACUCUAGGUGCAGAGUCGAUCAUCGAUGUCGCGUUAACAAACAUUAACGAUAUGCAAGAAGAAAUCUUCAUGGGCGAAGUGAGAUUGCCAGGGGCCCACGACAUCGGGGAAAGACCGCGUCAGGUCACUUUGUACGAGGCCACCUUGGUGCCAAUUUGUGGUCUAAUCAGCGAAAUACCCGCCGAUGGAUUUAAUGUAGCGGAGAUGAUCCUGCUGAAACAUUUGCUAAGCGAUCGACUUUGGAGUUCCUUGCUCAGCUCGGACAUUUGGUGCUUCGUAGGACGUAUCGGUUCCUCGGAGCUUUGCGUCAGCCACGUAAAGUAUUUAUUGAAAGUGUAUGCCACUUUGAUGAAGCGACACAACGACCUCCAAAUCGUUGUACUGGAGAACUUAAUCGGAAGAUUGUACAGCUUGUUAUCCGUGGAGACGAAACACACUCUUGUGACGGAACUCGACGAUCUCGAAAACCCGUUCUGGAUUCCUAUCGCGCGAUUUUUCCCAUCGAAAACGAAAUCGUUUCUACAAAAUCGACUGGCUUGCGUACUUAACGAAAUCCCUGAUACGUUUUCGCAACUGCAACGACAGCCUACUCUGCAGAAUUGGAAUCGGAUCACAACGCUGAUGUCCGUAAUUGGAAAGCUUAGUUAUGCCGGCGAGAAGAACACCGUCGAUAUCCUGUCCCAAAUAUGGAGCUCGAUCGCAAACACGAUCGAGAUUUUCGAGGGUAAACAAUUGGAUAUACUUUCGGAAUUCAUGUGGGAACUGUUCGUGGCUACUCAACCCGAAAAAAUUCAGGACGACAUGUUUCUCACGAUUUUGGAAGCAAUGCUGACGUCGUUUUUGUGUUUUCCGUCGCACGUGAAGGUGAUCGCGUCGCAUUAUCUGAGGAAUAACACCGAUUCAUUCGGCAGCUGCGGUCUGAAGACCGCAAACGCGUUGGCGGAGUUGAAUUGUCGACUUCUCGAGGAUGAGAAUCCGUGGGUAAGGCAGGAAGCACUCGAGUCAUUCGACCGAGUGGCUCACAUGUGCCCGAACGAGGAUCUCGUCACUAAAAUGGCCGCCGCGGUCACCAGAAGGCCGUCGCUGAGCGACUCCCUACCUGCGUAUCUUUCUGCCACUCCCUACUACGAACUUCGUGGCUUCGCGGAUGUUCAAUUUUAUCUGCAACAUGUGGCAAAGAAUUCUGUAAACGUCUGCCACGUUUGCUACCAUUACGAAGAGUCGCAAAGGGACGAAAAACUCGCUAGAUUGGAAAGCCAAUCGAGCGAGAAUUCUGUCGAUGGUUCACCGUCGAGUCAGCUCGACGAGUACGUGAACAAGAUAUGCGACGAAUUGAACGAUAUUUCGAGGAAAAGCAGCGAUAUCGGUGAUCGUGCUUUAAAAAGAUUGCGUUUCGUUUGUACGAAGAUUUUGAAUUUGGUUGAAUCGUCGAAAUAAACCUAGGUCGUCGUCGUUCGUCGUUUGCGUGGUCUCUUUUUUACAAUAAUUUUAAAUAUUUUUGUACUAUUUCUAAAUACUCCAAUUAUUUUCGAUUUGAUUGUCCAUCUUUUUUUUUUUGAAAAUAAUUAAUGUAAAUAAAUCUUGGAAAUGUAAUAUUAGUCGUUCGGAUUAUUGAUACCCGGAAGAAUGAAAAUGGUUUCUAUUGUAUAUUUUGGAGAAUAAGAAAGGGAUGGCAUAGGGAAAAAUUAGUACAGUGAAACAUUAACAUCAUUCGAUGUAAACAGAGAUUUAAAAGUAUAAAAGUAGGUAUUCGUUGGAACGUGGUUCAUUUUGCAUGUAUUCACGCGGCAAGCACGAGCUUCAACCAAUGGUCGAAAGACACGAGACUGCCGCAGCAAUCAAGAAGGCAAAAAACCUGCAUCUUUGACGGAUGCAUUUCCUUAUUCACACUUUUCCUUUUCACGACAGUUUCAAAUAAUUUUCAAAAAAUAGCGACGUUCUUUUCCGAACUUAAUUUAGAACUUAUAUUUACCAAAAAUAAUUGUACAAUUAAAAAGAGCAAAUAGCAAUGAAAAGUGAAAGCGUUCCAUCGAAUAAAGUGAUUAACGAAUUUUCAGAAGUUGAUUCUUUAGUCAACUUGUUU